UCAACAGCAAAUAUUUUCCUUUUACAGAGCAGACCAGUAGAAGAUAGCGGCGAGAUUAGCGUGUCUAAAACAGCCGAAAGAUCUCAACCGGAAGCUGCAACUCGACUGAUUCGUUUUUAGAGAAAAUUCAGGACGUGCAGAACAUGAAGCCCCACCAUGUGGUUUAUCUGCUUCUCCUGCUUCAGCUCUGGCAAAACACUGUCCUGAGCAUCUCCAGCACCUCCUGCCCUUCACAAUGCCAAUGUUUUUCCACAACAACUGUCAUUUGCUCCGAUCUGCUGAUGAAGGCUUUGCCGGUGAACAUCCCUGCAAAUGCGACAGCGCUGAUCGUCUUAGCAUCCGGUCUGAGAAAGAUCACCUCUCUGGGGGAUCUGAAGAACCUGACCAAACUGGUAUUCUUGAGCAACCCAGUGCAGAACAUCUCACACAAUGCCUUUGAAGGUCUGACGAGUCUACAGGAGCUGGAGAUCAGUGGGACUUUUUUGUUGGCCCUGGAAGCUGGACUCUUUAAUAAGUUGGACAAGCUCACUAAGCUUCUUCUCAACAACAACCACAAGAUAAAGAUUUUAGCACCAAACCUUUUUGAAUCUCUGGAGAAGCUGGAGGUGCUUCAGCUGCAUGGAAACAUGCUGCAAAAUCUCCACAAGGCUCUGUUCCUCAAGCUUACCAACCUUCAUGAACUCAAUCUGUCUUCCAACCAGCUAUCUACAGUAGACACCAGCAGGCUGAGCAAGCUGAAGAAGUUAGAUUUGGGUUUGAACCAGAUCACCGACCUAUCCCUGGACACCUUUAAGGGAAACCUUCAGCUGCAGAUUCUGUCCCUGCAGGGGAACAUGAUCAGCAAACUUGAUCCUGGUAUCUUCAGCCACCUGGACAAUCUAGAGGAGGUGAAUUUGAGAGAUAACAAAUUAGAGGUGCUAAGUUCUGGAUUAUUCCCUUCCAACCUGAAGAACCUCAUGCUCAAAGGGAACUCCCUGCUCCAACUAUCCUCUUCUGCAUUUACCAAUCUUCACAACCUCAUUUAUCUGGACUUGUCUCAAAACCUGCUAUCUUCUCUCCCGGCAGAACUUUUCCAGAACCUUUCCUCAUUGGAGCGUCUAGACUUGUCUGGGAAUAGGCUUCAGGAAUUAUCCAGCACUGUGUUCAGAGGCCUUUUCCAAAUCAGUGUCAUUGAUCUGCAGAAGAACAACCUGACCUCACUAGAAGCAGACGUUUUCACAGAUCAGGGAAACAUGUCACGUCUCAUCUUAGCCGGGAACCAACUGGAGAACCUUCCGUUCGGAAUUUUCGAGACGUUAGAUUUCGAGUGCUUGUUGCAGCUGCGUAGUAAUCCCUGGCGCUGCGAUUGCAACCUGGUGUACUUUCAUGAAUGGUUAUAUUAUUUAAGCAACACCGUGCAGGACCUGAGCCAGGUUUACUGCACUGAACCCCAGCCUCUCAGGGGGAUGAGUCUGACCACCGUGAACAAGGAGCAGCUCGUCUGCAUCAACAGAACUAUCUCCGAGAUAGAACCUACCAUUAACCAGGCCACCAGCAUUGACUCAAACAGACAGUGCAGUCUUCAGGAAGCCGAUGGCGACAUCGUUAUUCGGUGCGAGCUCAUGACCUGCACUGAUUUAAAGCUCGAUGUCUGUUUUCACCAGGAAGAUGGAAGCGUUUUAAAUUACACCGUGACAGAACCCUGGCCAGGGUCUUCUCAGUGCUCUAACGGGACAGUAAUCCUCACUGUUUAACCUUAGGCUUUUAUUUUUGAACAGGCUUCUACAGGGACACCUAAUACACAUCAAAAUAAAGCUGCAGUAAUGUCAUGUGGUCAGAUUUUGAGGACACAAACACUUAUUCCCAAUUCAUGAAUUUCUUUGAGUUUUGUUUACCAGACCUCGCUAACCUCUCUUAAUACUUCAUGUUCUUCUGACUUCAUGAAUGUUUCUUAUUCUCACCAGUCUUUCAGUCUUCUAAAUCCUUAUAAAUAAAUAAACCUUCCUGUUACAAAACACUGACUUCAUCCAAUCUUUCAAA